AUGAAGUUAAAAACAGAAUCAUUCCUUCACCAUUUGGAUUUUAACACCGAUUACUGCAUUUUUUCACUACAUAACACUAAAAUAAUCUAUGAUUAUUUCUGCCUGUUGGACGUUCAUAACAAAAGAACCUUAAAUGACGUUCAGUUCUGCUGCUUUAUGAGGCACGUGACGGAUAUGGGAAUGACAAACAUAAUGCAGACUUUUGACUUGCUGGAUGCCAAUGGGGAUGGAGAAAUAGGCUUCAAUGAGUUUUACAUGCUGGUCUGCAUUCUGGUCAGCAGUAAACAACAUGUAGAACAGAACUUCCUGGACAUGCAUUCCCGCCAGGCCUUUGACCUCCUGGACACGGACGGUAGUGGAGCCAUCAGCCUUGCAGAGUUUGAGUGCCUAGGAUACCUCUUCAACCUGAAGAGGAAUGUCCUUAGAAAAACCUUUCUGGAUUUUGACAUCAGCGGGGAUAAGCGCCUAAUUUACAAAGAAUUUCGGGUAUUUACCAAAGACUGCAUGACCAACCCUGAGAAGUACAAGAAGAAAGGCCACUUGAAGCAAGUGUAA